CUGGAAAACGGGUACAUGAUAAAAAUAUUGCAGAUCGCCCUACACAAUCCUUUUCCCUUCAUUAAUAGUGUCCUGUGUGGUGGCGGGAACCCAGAGCAGUUCCUCCGGAAUCCCGCCCAAUCCAAGACGCGCUGCUUUUUAAACCAUUUCAGGCAAUUCUCAAAGCCCACACACUCUAUCUCCGUCGUUCUUUUGCUUCUCUGUAGACAAACCCCGUCCGUACCUAACCCUAAUCUCACACCUGUAAGAGGAGAGAGGAUGCUAGAGCUGAGGCUGGUUCAAGGAUCCCUUCUGAAGAAGGUGCUUGAGGCAAUCAAGGACUUGGUAAACGAUGCCAACUUCGAUUGUUCUUCCACGGGCUUCUCUCUCCAGGCCAUGGAUUCAAGCCAUGUCGCUCUGGUCGCUCUCCUCCUCAGGUCGGAGGGCUUUGAGCACUAUCGCUGUGACCGUAACAUUUCCAUGGGCAUGAAUCUCAAUAACAUGUCCAAGAUGUUGAAGUGCUCUGGAAAUGAUGACAUCAUCACCAUCAAGGCUGACGAUGGCAGCGACACCGUCACUUUCAUGUUUGAAAGUCCCACACAAGACAAGAUUUCAGACUUUGAGAUGAAACUGAUGGACAUUGAUAGCGAGCACCUGGGAAUUCCUGAAGCAGAAUAUCAUGCUAUUGUCAGGAUGCCUUCAGCUGAGUUUGCAAAAAUAUGUAAAGAUCUUGCAAGCAUUGGUGAUACUGUUGUGAUCUCUGUGACGAAGGAAGGAGUAAAGUUCUCCACAAGAGGUGAUAUUGGCACUGCAAAUAUUGUUGUUAGGCAGAAUACAACAGUAGAUAAGCCGGAAGAAGCAACAAUAGUAGAAAUGAAUGAGCCAGUUUCAUUGACAUUUGCAUUGAGGUACAUGAACUCGUUCACUAAGGCGACCCCAUUGUCAAACACAGUUACAAUUAGCUUGUCUUCAGAGCUGCCUGUUGUGGUUGAGUACAAGAUUGCUGAAAUGGGUUACAUCAGGUUCUACUUGGCGCCAAAGAUAGAAGAAGAUGAGGAUGAGACUAAGCCCUAAGUUUAGAUGUUACUUGCAGUGCUAGUCUUGUCUUGUUCAGUGUAUUCACACCGAAAGUUCUCAAGGCUUAGGACGUGUCAUCUUUGGCUGUGUAGACACCUAAUCAAUUUGUAGUUCGUGGAAUGCUUGAAUUUCUUUACUGCAAAGAUCUUAACAUUUUAAUACGUGAGAAAUUCAACCUAUUUCUAAGCAUGUUCAUUAGUCCA